GAGCUCGAGUGCCGGGCUCGUGUUUACAAAACAACAUUUUCCUCACCUUUCUGUGUCUUUACACAUAAUCAGACUACCUUCAUUCAUGCAUGCAUUCAUUCACUCAUUCACUUUAUUUAGUUUUUUGCUUGUUUAAUUUGCUUCUCCAUUUCCUGUGGUUGUGAUGGUAAUCCUGAUGUCGCCGUGGUAAUUAGCCAGAUAGUUUUCUUUUAAUGGUGUUCAGCGAAUCAGCUUAUUAUCAGGCCUCUUCUCUCCAGAAGGAGCACACAAACAGACACACAAUCGCAUAUGCUCACACACAUAUUCAACAUACGCUCACAUGCACAAGCUCACAUACAUUCGCGCGCGCGCACAUAUACACACACACACACAUACAUACACACCACACACACACACACACACACACACAAAGGAGUGUGACUCCCAGUCUCGUACACUCCGGUUACCCUCUGUGACGGUCAGCACUGAGCUGCAGUCUGCAGUCGGCUCCUAAAUCCAAUUGGAUGGUAAUUCACAGCAGUGGCUGCGCUCGGGUUUCUGAGCCUCGCCGAUAUCGAUUCGCCAGUUUUGAUUGAUUUCUUUUUAUGCGCUAUUACAGGAAGAAAUUAUUCCUGCUUUUAGUUUGUUUAUUUAGCUACAUUCUGAAGGAGUGAUUGAAGCCAACAGUAUUGCAGCUAGUACAAAAAAAUCUGCCUGUACUCUGCAUUAGCCUCCUCUUUUAUAAUCCUCUUUCUCCCUCUCUUGCCCUCUCCCUCUUUCUCUCUCUUCCUCUCCUUUAGUACAGUUGGCCCUUGCUUUCCCUCUCCUAUUUGACCCACAUUGCUGAUCUGUGCACACACACUCAUGCGCGCUCUCUCUUUCUCUCUUUCUCCCUCCCUCCCUCUCUCUCACACUGUCUCUCUCUCUGUCUCUCUCUCUCUCUCUCUCUCUCUCACACAUCUCUGUUGUAGCCAUUGAACAGAUCACAGAUACACAGCAGCAAAUCCACACAUCAGCCUGUGGCCCCUCCCCUCUCCCCUCUCUCCUCCUCUCCUCCCUCCCGUGCCCCUUCUCUCUUUCUCCCUCCGUCAUCACUGUGCACACGUCCCUCUCUCCAGGUUUCCCCGCCCCCUUCGACUUUUCCCACUCGUACUGCUUUAUUGGAACGGCCUAUCCGAAUGCUGACCAGACCAAACACAGCCGGAUAAACACCGGCAGCGUAAUUUAGGAAAUGCAAUAAAAACGAUUAUUACACUUAGCCGUGUUUACACAAAACAAGGGCGCCAUUAUGUGAAAUGCCGUAAAAUAAACAGUGGCUUAAGUAGUGGGUGUGUUGCACUUGCAGUGUUUUACUGGUUUUACGUAAUGGCAGGCAGUGAGGCGCUGCGCUGUUAUUUUGUGGAGCUCGCUCUCUUCCCAUGAAAGGGGGCCGGGAGCUUUUCCAAGGCCUGGAACAGUUUCCACGUCUUCUCUUCUCCGUCUCUCUCUCUCUCUCUCUCUCUCUCUCUCUCUCUCUCUCUCUCUCCCUCUCUCCCCCGGACUCCCGCACUCCUCCCUGUGCCCUCCUCUUUUUCCUCCCUCACCCUCUCCCUGGCUGUCUUCUCACCUCCCCCACCUCCCAUCUGUGCGUCUCUCCCCCUUUCCCCGUCUUUCUCGGAGAUGAAGUGAGAGUUAUGCUGGCUCUCCAGCAGGACAUGUACAGGCAGGCAGGAGUCAGCAUGUCGGCAGACAACUCGUUCGGGGCCGGUGGCAGCGACGCCCAGCAGAGCCUCCAGUCCUUCUGGCCCCGCGUGAUGGAGGAGAUCCGCAACCUCACCAUGGAUUUCCGUGUGCAGGAGUUGCCGCUCGCUCGCAUCAAGAAGAUCAUGAAGUUGGACGAGGACGUGAAGAUGAUCAGCGCUGAGGCUCCGGUCCUGUUUGCCAAAGCGGCUCAGAUCUUCAUCACAGAGCUCACCCUGCGGGCCUGGAUCCACACCGAGGACAACAAGCGCCGCACGCUGCAGAGGAACGACAUCGCCAUGGCGAUCACAAAGUUCGAUCAGUUCGAUUUCCUGAUUGACAUCGUCCCUCGGGAUGAGCUGAAACCCCCCAAGAGACAGGAGGAGGUGCGUCAGUCAGUGGCCCCAGCAGAGCCAGUGCAGUACUACUUCACCCUGGCGCAGCAGCCUGGAGCCGUGCAGGUACAGAGCCAGCAGCAGGGCCAGCAGGCCUCUGCCCCCACCACCACCCUGCAGCCCGGCCAGAUCAUCAUCACCCAGCCCCAGCAGGGCCAGGUGCUGCAGGGAGCCACUAUGCAGCAGCUACAGCAGGUGCAGGUGGCUCAGUCACAGGCCACACCCAUCACGAGCGCUCCCGUGACCAUGCAGGUGGGCGAGGGGCAGCAGGUACAGAUCGUACAGGCGGCUGCGCAGGGCCAGGCUCAGACUGCCCAGCCCGCCGGGCAGACCAUGCAGGUCAUGCAGCAGAUCAUCACAAACACGGGAGAGAUCCAGCAGAUUCCUGUGCAGCUCAACACAGGCCAGCUACAGUACAUCCGUCUGGCCCAGCCCGUCUCUGGCACACAGGUCGUUCAAGGACAGAUUCAGACCCUCGCCACCAACGCCCAGCAGAUUACACAGACCGAGGUACAGCAAGGACAACAGCAGUUCAAUCAGUUCACUGAUGGACAGCAGUUGUAUCAGAUCCAGCAGGUGACGAUGCCGGCGGGGCAGGAGCUGGCCCAGCCCAUGUUCAUCCAGUCUACCAGCCAGACGGCCGACGGUCAGGUGACCACGCAGGUCAGCGCGGACUGAGGCCCCCCUGCCAAGAGCCCGACUCCCCAAGACUGGCAACCACAACGCAAUAACUCACUGGUCCAGGGUCGUAGGGACACCCCUGUCCCACACCCCCUGUCCCCCCCGUCCCCCCAAGCACUGAGAUCCUGUCUCUCUCCCGAGUCAAGCCAGCACAGCUGCCCUCCUGUCCACUCUCUCCCGAGCUGUGCCCAGCACGCCCUCUAUGGUCCAUCGAAUGGCCAACACAACCCACACUGGCUCACUGGAGUGACGCUCAACACAAUGUUUAGCACCGGACUCACACUCUUAAUGAUCUUGUCUUUCCACUCUGUCAUUUUCUCAAUCCCCAACAUCAGCCCACUGUUCCAUGUCCUACUUCCCGCACCUUUUGUGUGCAUGCACGUGCCAGUGUGUGUACAUGCACACGUGUUUUGUGCAUCCAUGUGUGUAUGUGCAAGUGUGUGCGUCCAUGUGUGUAUGUAUGUAUGUGUGUGUGUGUGUGCGAGCGUGUGUGUACACGUGUGUACACGUGUGUACACGUGUGUACACGUGUGUCUUGUGUGUCUUGUGUGUCUUGUGUGUGUGUGUGUGUGUGUGUGUGUGUGAGUAAUGUGCACACCUCUCUGUACAGUAUACCCUCGUGGCGUGGUUCUGUCUUGUGUAGUCCUUCAUCAGUCCCUCCGGACCAUAAAUCAGGAACCACCCCCUCCCCGCUUCCUCCUCACCCCCUCCCAUGCCCCUCCCACAUUCUUACAACAGGGAGUGGCACCUCCCUUCCGCUUCUCCGUUACCUCCUUCAGUGAGGAGGCGCUCCACCUCUCCUGGACUACCCCAGUGUUUGUCCCCUGUACAAACUACAGCAGGCCUCUCCCGUGAAGCAACAAACCCACUUUUUUAUCAUCACGUCUUUUGUAAGAAUUCAUAAAUGUAAUGUAGAAUUUUUCUCUUUUUUUUUCGUAUCGGAAUAUCAUUUCCCCCCGCCCCGCAAUUGGACUGUCCCUUUACUUUGUCGUAAUUAUUAUUACAGUUCUUAUAAUUGUUGUUUUGCAUGUAGUUAAAACUGCCAGCAUGAUAUGCAAUAGAUAGGUACAAUUAUUACUUUUUGUUGUUCUUUUUUUGUAAACAAACAAUGGUUUGUGAGAAAAUUCAAAUAAAGAGAUGAAAUUGG